CAGCGGGCACCCGAGUCGUCUGGCAAGACAGUGGGCUCCGAGUCAACAGGCACGACAGUGGGCACCGGGUCAUCAGGUAUCGGAUUGUCUGGCUCGACAGCGGGCAUCGGGUCACCAGGUAUGACAGCGGGCACUGGGUCACCAGGCAUCAGGUCAUUUGGCUUGCCAGCGGGCACCGCGUCAUCUGGCAAGGCAGUGGGGGCACCGGGUCACCAGGUACCGGAUCAUCUGGAUCAACAGCGGGCAUCGAGUCAACUGGCCUAAUAGGAUCGUCGGGCUGGAUCAGUUCAUCAUGCUGAGUAGCGGCAUCAGGCUGAAUGGAGGCAUCCGGCUGAAGAGAGGCAUCCGGCUGAAGAGAGGCAUCCGGCUGAAGAGAGGCAUCCGGCUGAAGAGAGGCAUCCGGCUGAAGAGAGGCAUCCGGCUGAAGAGAGGCAUCCGGCUGAAGAGAGGCAUCCGGCUGAAGAGAGGCAUCCGGCUGAAGAGAGGCAUCCGGCUGAAGAGAGGCAUCCGGCUGAAGAGAGGCAUCCGGCUGAAGAGAGGCAUCCGGCUGAAGAGAGGCAUCCGGCUGAAGAGGGCUUCC